AUGGAGAGCUCUUCUCACAAGCGGGCGCGGGAGGUGGUGGACCUCGCCGCCGCCGGAGAGGCCGCCGCGUUGCCGGAGGCAGCCGACGCGAAGAGGCUGCGGCCGCAGGACCUGCUCGACAUGCUCGAUGACGACACCGACGCGGCCGCCGCCGGCGACUUAGCCUCCGUCAUGCGGAGCCUGGAGGAGGAGAUAGCUAGCUUCGACGAGGCCGUGGGGGCGCCGCCGACACAGCAGCAGCAGCCGGAGCUGGGGUUCCUGCUGGAGGCCUCGGACGACGAGCUGGGGCUGCCGCCGGCGGGCACCUCCGCCUCCUCGUCCGACGAGGCCGGCGGCCUCGCCGGGGCGCCGCCGGAGUCCGCCCUCGACGGCGGCCAGAUCUGGGGCUUCGAGGACGAGAUAGACGGAGGCGGCGGCUUCGGCGGCGGCUACUCGCCGGAGGCCCAGGCCGCGGCCGUCGCCGCAGCGGCCGCGUGGGACGACGACGGCUUCGACGCCGGCCUGUUCGCGUUCGGCGAAAACGACGCAUACGGGCCGUCGGAUCUCGCCGCGCUGCGCCACGAGACCAUGCCGGCCGUCUGA